AAUUUACUUUAUUUUAUUAUUCCACAACAAAACACAAACAUUAGCUUCAAGUUCAACAAUCCACAACAGAUAUAUAGAGAGAGAGAAACAAAAGUGUUUGUCUCUGUGACUGUGUGUGACAGACAGAAGAGAGAGAGAAAGUAUCUGUGUGCGUGUAUUGUGCUGUGCUGUCAUUUUGUUCCAAAAGUAUCAUUCAAUUACAAGUAGAUUCAUAUUAUUUGCAACUUCAAAGAAAAAAAAAGAUAAAAAACAUGGGAUAGACAAACAAAGUUUGAUUCCUUUUUGUUUCCUUUUUCAGAUAUUUACACUCUUUUUUUUCUUGCUUUUUUUCAAGAUACUAAUCCAUGGCUGUUACUCUGAAACCUUCUUGAAUUACAUCAUCAAUCAGGGUGACAUUUUGAUGAUAAUUUGAUCAUCAAAUCAAGUACUUAGUCUUGAGAGUUCCGAGGAUUGUGGAAGCUUCUUCAUGCAUUGAUUUUGGUGACAUAAAAGCUUCUCUCCAACUCAUUGCUAUGGAUAAAAAGCUGAAAAUUUUUGACUUUUAAAAAAAAUUAGUAAUCUUAUCAAAGGGAUUUGGAAAUUGAAUUGGUAGUAAUAGUUUCGUUAGGAUGGUUAAUGUCUUCUCAGUACUGUGGCAUUGUAGUAAACUCCUGCAUUCAACAUUACAAAUGAUGCUUUGAUUAUACAAUCAAGAAUGCAGAAACAUCAAUACAAUUCCAUGGAACCUCGAAACGAGGAAUACCAUUCUGCACCGCAACCGGUCCUGCAAGAUCAUUUGGAGGGAAUGCAUACCAAUACAAGGCCUCCUCCUUCCUUCAACAUGCCAGAAAAUAAACCUGUACAUAAUUUCUCCAUACAGACCGGUGAGGAAUUCGCUCUUGAGUUUAUGAGGGAUAGGGUGAAUGUCAAGAAGCCUUCAUUUCCAAAUGUUGUCGGCGAACCUAAUUAUGCGACAGGGUCUAUGGACUUGAAAGGAAUUUUAGGUCAUCCAGGAUCUGAAAGUGGUUCUGAUAUUUCUAUGCUCGCAAAUAUUGAAAAUGUUCCGAAAGAGUUUGACAGAAGGAAUUCUGUUUUACAUCAGGAAAGAAGUAAUUAUGGCUCGGCUCGAUCAAUUCCUAGAUCGUCGUCUAAUCAAGACAAUAACCGAGUCCUUCAUGGUAUUUCCUCUUCUGGAGGUUCUGACAGCUUAUCAUUGAAGAUGAAGAUUCUAUGCAGCUUUGGUGGCAGAAUAUUACCACGGCCAAGUGACGGAAAGCUUAGAUAUGUCGGUGGUGAAACACGGAUUAUUAGUAUAAGAAAGGACAUAAGUUGGCCGGAACUUUUGCAGAAAAUAUCAUCAAUCUAUAAUGAUACUCAUGCAAUAAAGUAUCAGCUCCCUGGAGAAGAUCUUGACGCCCUAGUUUCAGUAUCGUCCGAUGAGGAUCUUCGGAAUAUGAUGGAGGAAUGUCAUGACCUACAAAGAAGUCGAGGAUCCUUGAAGCUUAGGAUGUUCCUGUUCUCGAUAAAUGAUUUGGACGAGAGUCAGUUUGGUCUAGGUAGCAUGGAUGGUGGAGAUUCUGAAAUCCAAUAUGUAGUUGCUAUUAAUGGCAUGGGCAUGGAAUCAAGAAGCAACUCUAUCCUUCGAUGUGCCGGAAGUUCUAAUAGUAUACAGGAGCUAGACAGACAAAAUAUUGACAAGGAGACUAAAAGAGCCGUGGUAGAAUCAUAUGGUGUCGGCAGUUCUUCCUUGACUCGCAGUGUUAACUCGGUAUUGACAAAUCAGUCUUCCCAACCAGUGCUACCAACAUCCUCAAAUGCUUAUGAAGCCUAUCCGUUCUUUUAUGAGGAUCCGAUCAUUCAACAAGGUGGAACUAGUCAAUAUCCAAUACACAAUGGCCCUUUUCCUUCUAGCAGUUCGGCUCGCAAUCUAGGAGAGGUUCCGGUUUCUUUGCCUACUCAUGGUCUUGUGAACCAAGGAACGGUGAGCGAAGGACAAGCAUCCAGUGAGUUGAAAGUACAAAGAAAAGGUGAUAAUGUCAUUCAUACAGCGAAUGAUCGAGUAAAAGUUUUAUCAACAGAAGCACCAUAUUCUCUUCCUUCACAUCCAUUUGAGGGAAGUUUGCAAGGUAACUUAUCAGAGGCACCAAUUCCAGCUGCUGUAUCAGAAGCACUCCAUCCUGCGCUGCCAUUAGAAAACAAGAUUCCAGCUGCUGUAUCAGAAGCUCUGAAUCCACAAAUUUCAAGACCGGGUGAAGAUGACUUCUAUACUGCAUCGGCAGAUGCAUUCAGUCGUGCUCUUGUUGAUGCCGAGUCCAAUGUAAUUGAUUUCAGUUGCCUUGAACCACCUCCACUUCCUAAUAGAGUCUAUUAUUCAGAGAGAAUUUUUCCUAGGGAGCAAGCAGAUUUGCUGAACCGGUCCGCAAAGUCAGAUGAUGCAUAUGGUUCUCACUUACUCAUGUCAGAUUUACUUUCUGAUUUGAACCACAUGAAUUCAGUUAAUGAAUCCAACGACAUGUUGCACAACGAGAAUCUGUCAAAUCUGAAUACAGCAUCAAACUCAUCAGCAAAGCCCUUGCGUGCGGAUAGCCAUAUCAUCAACAAACAUUUGCCUGAUACAACAAGUCAGGCAAACUCAAAGUUAUAUCAGCUUGUGGAUUCUGAUUUGAAGCGGGUAUUAUCAGAUAACAAAAUUUCUGAAAAUGAGACAAAUGUCUCCAAAGGUAGUCCUAAAGUUCUUCAAGUUGAUGAAACCAAGGGCAGUGAGCGUCUUGCAUUUCGCCGAGUUCCUUCUGUUGAACAAAAUGUGAAUCUAGCAUCUAAACUUCAAGAUAACAAUUUGUCUGAUGUUCCUACAAGGGAACCUCUUGAUGCUAAAUCCAAACCUUCUCAGGGUGACAUUCUGAUCGACAUUGAAGACAGGUUUCCGCGUGAUUUCCUUUAUGAUAUGUUCUCGAAAGCAGCUCAUUCUGAAGAUUCCGCAAACAUUAGUCCAUUACCAGCUGAUAGAGCCGGUUUGAGCUUAAAAAUGGACAAUCAUGAGCCUAAAAGUUGGUCAUAUUUUCAGAAGUUGGCUCAUGAGGGGUUCGAUAAUAAUGUUUCUCUAAUUGAUCAGGAUAAUCUCGGUUUUUCAUCUCCUGUAAGUAAAGUAAAAGAAGGGGAUAGUAUGUUACAGCAUUCUGCUCCUCUACCAGCCGAGAGUGUUAUUCUGACAGGACCCAAGGAAUCCCAUUCCCACCUAAAUUUUGGAGAUGAAAAUCAGAAAAUUUUACCUGCAACCACUAAAACCGAGGCUGUUGUUUUUAAACCAGAAAAUAACCCUUCUGAACUUAAGGGAAACGGAAAUAAGAACGUCAGCACAACAGUGGAAAACAUAAGACCAACGGAGUAUGAAUAUCAGGAUGACAAUAGUGAGACAAGGGAUGUGGUUGUCGCUCCAGAUACUAUUUUUGGGGAGUUUGAUAUUAGUACUUUGCAGAUCAUAAUGAAUGCGGAUCUUGAAGAGCUGAGAGAACUCGGUUCUGGUACCUUUGGGACUGUGUAUCAUGGAAAAUGGCGGGGAUCAGAUGUUGCAAUUAAAAGAAUAAAGAAAAGUUGUUUCUCCGGUCGGUCUUCAGAACAAGAAAGACUGACCAUAGAGUUUUGGCGGGAAGCGGACAUACUUUCCAAGCUUCAUCAUCCUAAUGUGGUGGCAUUUUAUGGGGUAGUUCAAGAUGGACCAGGAGGAACAAUGGCCACUGUUACUGAGUUCAUGGUCGAUGGUUCUCUUCGGCAUGUUUUGCUACGUAAGGAUAGGUAUCUUGAUCGCCGCAAGAGGCUGAUAAUUGCCAUGGAUGCAGCUUUCGGAAUGGAGUAUUUACAUGCAAAAAAUAUUGUUCAUUUUGACUUGAAAUGUGACAAUUUGCUUGUGAACAUGAAGGAUCCUUUACGGCCAAUAUGCAAGGUUGGUGAUUUUGGCCUGUCAAAAAUUAAGCGGAAUACCCUGGUGACUGGUGGUGUGCGUGGAACUCUACCUUGGAUGGCACCAGAGCUGCUGAAUGGGAGCAGCAAUAAGGUUUCAGAAAAGGUUGAUGUAUUCUCCUUUGGCAUUGUAUUAUGGGAGAUUCUUACUGGGGAGGAGCCAUAUGCUAAUAUGCACUAUGGUGCAAUCAUAGGAGGUAUUGUGAACAACACAUUAAGACCAACAAUCCCAGGUUAUUGCGAUCUAGAAUGGAGAACACUAAUGGAGCAGUGUUGGGCACCUAAUCCUGCAGUCAGGCCAUCUUUUACAGAAAUUGCACGCCGCUUGCGUGUGAUGUCUGCGGCGGCUAUUCCGACCAAAGGACCUAAAGCAUCUAAAUGAUAAUCAACAGAUUUGAUGAGAUGCAAACAUAUCUUUAUGUAUUAAACUAAAUACAUUCAAUUGAGCUAUAAAAUUGUAUAUGUGUUAUACAACUAUAUGAGGGACAUUAGUAUCUGUUUGUAUUGAAAUUUCCUGGUUUGUCCACCAGUUGAUUCUAUUGUUGAUUGUAUAGAGUAUAUAUAUGUCAAUAUGUGUGAAACCAUAUAUUAUAGGAUUGUUCAACAACAUUUGUACUUAUAAUAUCAAUUCCACAGUGUGUUUUUGUA